UUAAAAAAUAAUUUAGUGUGGUAGGUGCUGGUAAACAGUGUAGUGGUUCCCUGAACGGCCGCCAGAGUCACCAGUCUCACCACCUUGUGUACACUGCCGUCAUUCUCUCCUCAUUUACACCUAUUAUCACCCCUCUAACUAACAUCUAGCCCUAACAGACAAUGGCUGAGGAUGAAAAUGUGGAAAUUGAGCCAGUACCUGAAGAGGAUGAACCAACAAACUACAAACCCCCACCAGAGAAGACGUUGGAGGAGAUGUUGAACAAGGACACUGAAGAUGAGUCACUCCGCAAGUACAAAGAAACACUACUUGGGAGUUCUGCUGCUGGGGCCACAGUUAUUGAACCAGAUAACCAAAACCGUGUAUUGGUCAGGAAGCUGGUGCUGUUAGCGGAAGGUCAACCUGACAUGGAGUUGGACCUUACUGGGGAUCUUGAGAAACUUAAGGAGACUGUCUUCAUUAUAAAGGAGGGUAUUAGUUACAAGAUACGCAUCGACUUCCAUGUACAACGGGAGAUUGUGACUGGUUUGAAGUACAUUCAACGAACAUUUAGGAAGGGAAUCCUAGUGGACAAGAUGACACACAUGGUUGGCUCUUAUGCCCCGAAGGAAGAAAUUCAGUCAUACACAACCCCCAUGGAAGAUGCCCCUUCAGGACUAAUUGCCCGUGGACACUACACAGUCAAGUCACUUUUCACUGAUGAUGAUGGCAAUGAACACCUCAAGUGGAAAUGGUCCUUUAACAUCAAGGAGAACUGGAACUGAGGACUAGUCUAAGAUGUAGAGGUAUAACAAGUACAGAACUUAUGAGGGUUGUUUAAGUUUGUAGAAUAGCAAAUGGUGUUCAAUCAGGGAAUUAGAAAAGAACUUUGUCCUUUUUCAUAACAAAGGUAAUACUGGAGUGUUAGGCACAGUAUACAAUCAUGGCAUAAGAAGAGAGAGGGUUUGAUGCAUACUUUUGAGAACUCGUUCAUUCUUUGAUAUGGUGCUUAGAUUGCCUGUGCUUCUGAAAAAAUGGCUCUGCUGAUUUUUGCAACAUCUUGACAAAAUGAAAUGUGGUGUGUAGGUGGAUUUAAUUAUCUUUGUAGCAUAUCUACAGAUGACUGUGUUGUAUAUGCUCAGGCAUUCGGAUAAUAGGAAGUUAAUUUUAAAGUUCUUCCUCAGUAUCUUUGUAUCCUCAUAUUGGUUGGUCAUUGUAGGCACACUGGGCAUAUCAAAGCCUAAUGCCUUUCUUUCCUAUUCUAGCAGAUGUACCUAUGUACCUAAUGUACCUAAUAGGCAUAUUAAUUCUCCUGCAUUAUAAUUAGAAUUCCAGCAUCUUUAGUUUUGUUUGAUGAUUUUCUGUUGAUUCUGCUCUGCCCCCUUUAAUGGUUUGUUGCCCAUAACCUUAUUGUGAGACUGCCACAAUGUAGGUAAUUAUUGGCAGAUGAAGCGCACAACAUUUUGCAACCAUUAUUUUGAGCUGCUUCAGUUUGUAUCCAGUGUAACAAUUUAAACCACAAUUAGUGUUCCCUGUUAAUGUUAUCUAUUUUUUUAAUUGCUGAGUAAUGCGUAUCUUAUUGCAUUCCUUACUGUUUGGAAAUCUCAAGGCUGUAAUUCCCUUUUAUUUUUAAUGAUCUAAUAAACAUAUUCUUCUAAAAUAAGGUAAAUAAGUGGCCUCCAUUUGUGCCCAGGUGUAUAAAAUCCAGGUGGGUGCAGUACUUAUACUGUAUUUACAAAUGUUCCAUUAGUAAUUUCUAAUGAGGAAAGCUACAUUUUUCUCUUCUGUAGACAGUAUUGUAUACACUUGAAUUAUUGUUCCUUUUAGUGAUUGAUGUGUUUUCAGUAAGCCUGAUUCCCCUGCCAUGAGCAAGCUGUGCCAUUGAUAGUAUGUAAGGAAUUGUAAAAAUAAAAUCAAUGCACAAAUAGUAAAGUAUGAUCAUAAGGUGUGCAAAAGCUUAGUUGUGUUGUAAAGACAGUAUUCAUCUUCCACUGUAUGAUGAUAAUGAAGUUUGCCUAGUCAUUAUGUGUGAAUGGAGAAAAAUUAUUUUGAAUAGACACUUUUUAGAGAUUUGUGAGCAUCUGAUAUUGCUGUCUCCUAAUAUUACAGAUAGUUUCUUUGUACUUAAUAAUCAAGGUAAUGUAAAUGAGUGAUCCAUGUAAUACAUAAGGCAAAAUCACCGAUUAAAACAAAUAAGUUCAUUAUUUCUAAAAGUUCACUUUGUCUUGUAAGAAAAGAGUAUGUAACAGGAUAUUCACGUUCUAUUAUUUUUGGUCGAUAAAUUUCCAUCCAAAAGUCUUAAGAUGCACCUUUAAAGGCCCCUUACAAAUUUCCAGCAUUGCGUGUUCUACAGUGGAAUUGGUAGGCUCAGAUGUCAGCAUCCCAUUACUUUUGGGCAAAAACAACCUUAAUAAUUUCUUGUCAGUAUGUACAUUUGCUUCCAAGAAUCAUGGUGUACAAAAUGUUGAGAUUUAUGUCUUAGACACGGGUCUCAUGAUCGACUUGAUCUAACAAGAAUUCCUGAUUCUGUGAUAAAAUUUUGGUACGAACUUUCUUACCUGCUUUUCCACUUUUUUAACAGCAACAGCUUGGGGUGAGUGUUUAACCUGGUGAUGUUAUUGGUAGUGCCUUUAAGUUGGUUCUAUGUGUAUUUAGAUUUUUGUGGGGCAUGAUACUGUUUUGUCCUCAAAUGUAAUUUGGUUAAUGUGAAAGGGGGUAUUAUUUUUUUCUAUCAUGAAUUUGAUAUGAUGUACCAGAUAGAAAAUCAUUUAAAGUUACAAUUAGAAAAUCCUAAGAGAAUUUGGGAUACAACUAUGCUAAAUUUAUAGAAAUAUUUUUUAAUUUUAUUCAUUCCAUUACUAUUACUUUUCAUAGAGCCUACAAGUGAGCAUGUAAAAAUGUUUCUAGGCUAGUAUUACUCCUUGAGAUGAGUGGUGUUCAGAGGUGUUUUUCACAUCUGAAUAAGCUUCAGAACAUAAUUGGCUGAGAAUGCAGUUUAAUCAUAUUGAGGAAUAUUUUAGAAUUUUCAUUCAUGUUAUGAUUGUAAGUUUGGUCUACAGUAGAUUUUUGAUUGUGCCUAUUGAAUUUUACCAGAAAUCAUUGAUGCAGGCUUUUCAAUAAAAAUACAAUAUGUAUGAGAUAAUCAACAUAUUAAUAAUUUAGAAUCCAAGAGUAACACAGCAUCCAUUUGCUAAGUUUGGUGUACAGUAUUGAAAAUUACUUUUAUUGAAAACAGCUUUAAACUAUUAUAGUGGUUCAUUGACCUGUGAAAUUAUUUCAUAGCUAUUCAAAAAAAGUACAGUAUAAUUGGAACUUGUUAAAUAAAAAUUAUGGGCAUAGAUGUAUGAUCUCUGUAUUUCAGUUUUAAGUCUGGCAUUUCAGUGGAUCAAAUAAGUACAAGUUAAAUGCCUUUAGUUUUAUUUCACUGGGUCCUAUAUAAUACUAUUAAAAAAUUAUCAUUUAUGUCAUUUCUUUUGAGUAUAAUAAUUUAAAGAUAAAAAAAUUGUGGUUGGCAGUCAUCAUGAUGGUUAUUGCAAGAGAACCAGUAUUAAAAACACCAACAUUACUCUCUAAUAAGUUAGACUAAUGUUAUGGGGGCAAUAAACAUUUAUAAUUUUUA